AUGUCGCCCGGUGUCGGAGCGGGCGCCGCCGACGUUGCGCAAGGCAUUGGCGCGCGUGCCGGGGCCGAUGGCAUUGGUCAGCGCGUUGAUGCCGAGCGUGCGCGCGAUCGGACCGUGGACGCAGAGCGCGACCGCGGCGCUGCCGGUGGUCGUGGCGAUGCCGAGAAGAUUGAAGUCGGGCUCGAGCAGGGCCUGUGCCGCCGCCAGCACGACCGGCAACUCGGCCGGGACGCAGCCCGCGAUCACGCACUGAUAAGCGACGGACUCGGGCGUGAUGUCACCGAACAUCGGCGGCAUCAUGCCGAGAGAGUCGGCCCGGCCGGCGAUACCGGCGAUCAUGGCGUCGAGCCGCUUCUGCGUCGGCGGGACGAGAGGGAGGCCGUCCGAAAGUUCGGCCUCCGUCAGGAUCUGCUGCGCGCUUUCCCAGGUCGUCGAUUCUUCGACGACCGGCCAGCCGCUCCACUCGUUCACGAGCGGACGCUCAUCGCGCGAUGCGCGUGCACGACACGAGAAGAACACCUUCUCAUAGCUGCACUGCGCUGCACGCCAUGGCGCGGGCAGGGCGCGCGACUAGAGUGCCGCGCCAAUGGACGGUUCGAUCAAGGUACAGGAAACACCCGCCUCUUCCGAGGGCCGCAUGCCGCCUCGGUCGAUGCGCAACAUCGCCUUGCUGGCGAUCUGCCAGGCCCUGACGCAGAGCAGCAACACGCUGAUGUUCGCUUCCUCGGCGCUGGCGGUGCUGACCAUCGUUUCGCCCGACAUGCGCAUGUGGGCCAACCUGCCGGUCACCAUGCAGCACCUCGGCGUCAUGCUGUCGGUGUUCCCGGCGUCGCUGCUGAUGAUGCGCCGCGGCCGCAAGUUCGGUUUCCGAAGCGGUUCGCUGAUGGGCAUGGUCGGGUCGUCGCUGGCGGCGAUCGGUCUGGGCCUCGGCAGCUUUCCGGUGAUGUGCCUGGGCGGCCUGUUCCUGGGCUAUGGCAUCGCCAACAUGCAGCUCUACCGCUUUGCCGCGGUCGAGCUCGCGCCCGGCAACUUCCGCGCGCAGGCGAUUUCCUACGUCACGGCAGGCGGCGUGCUGGCGGGGAUCAUCGGUCCGACCUUGGCGCGGUUCACGCCGGAUCUCUGGUUGCCGCUCUUCCAGGCGAGCUUCGUCUCGGUCAUCUUCAUCCACGUCCUCGUCUUCAUCGUGCUGGGCUUCAUCGAAUUCCCGCAGGUGAAGUCGGAGGAGGCGGCCGGCCCGCAGCGGCCGCUGUUAGAGAUCGUGACCCAGCCGGCCUACAUGGUGGCCUGCGCCGGGGCGAUGAUCGCCUUCGGCGUGAUGUCCUUCGUGAUGGCGGCAUCGCCGCUGGCCAUCGUGCA